AUGGACGCCUCCGCCGGCUCGUCGCCACCGCACUCCCAAGAGAACCCACCGGAGCAGGGUAGGGGUCGCGAGGAGGACCUGACGGAGGAGAUCGGCGGGGAGGCGGCGGAUGACUUCAUGUUCGCCGAGGACACGUUCCCCUCCCUCCCGGACUUCCCGUGCCUCUCCUCGCCGUCCAGCUCGUCGUCGUCGUCGUCCAACUCCUCCAGUGCCUACACCAACGUGGCAGGAGGGGCUGGCGGCGCCACCGGCGAGCCCUACGAGCCGGCCUCGGCGGGGGAAGGGUUUGAUGCGCUCGAGGACAUCGACCAGCUCCUCGACUUCACGUCGCUCUCUGUGCCGUGGGACUCCGAGCCGCUGUUCGCCGACGUUGGCAUGAUGAUAGAGGACGCUAUGUCCGCGCCGCCGCAUCCGGUGGGCGACGGCAGCGGAGAAGGGAAAGCCGUGCUGGAAGGGACGGGGGUAGAGGAGGCCUGCAUGGAUGCGGCGGCGGCGGGGGAUGACCUGCCGCGGUUCUUCAUGGAGUGGCUCACGAGCAACCGUGAAAGCAUCUCGGCCGAGGAUCUCCGCAGCAUCCGCCUCCGCCGCUCCACCAUCGAGGCCGCAUCCGCCCAGCUCGGCGGCGGACGCCAGGGCACCAUGCAGCUGCUCAAGGCCAUCCUCACCUGGGUGCAAAAUCAUUACCUCCAGAAGAAGCGCCCUCGCGACGCGAUGGAGGACGCGGCGGGCUCGCAUGGCCACGGCCACGGCCAGCUCGCGAGCCCGGGCGCCAACGCCGGCUAUGAGUUCCCGGCCAGUGGACAGGACAUGGCGUCUGCCGGCGGCACAUCCUGGGUGCCCUACCAGCAGCCCUUCACGCCACCUGCUUACGGCGGCGAGGGCAUGUACCUGAGCGGCGCCGGCCAGUACCCUUUCCACCAGCAGACCAGCACGAGCAGCUUGGUCGUGAACAGCCAGCCGUUAUCCCCGCCGGCGGUGGGCGACAUGCACGCGGCGGUCGGUGGAAACAUGGCCUGGCCACAGCAGUUCGUGACGUUUGCUGGCGCUUCCACGGGCUCUUACCCUAUGCCGCCCGUCGUGCCGCAGCCGUUCUCCCCCGGGUUCGCCGGGCAGUACCCCGGCGGCAACGCCAUGGGCCCCCAGCGCAUGGCAGCGGCAGGGGUGGAGGCCUCCGCGACCAAGGAGGCCCGGAAGAAGCGCAUGGCGCGGCAGCGGCGCCUGUCCUGCCUGCAGCAGCAGCGGAGCCAGCAGGUGAACCUUGGCCAGAUCCAGAUCUCCGUCCAGCCGCAGGAGCCGUCCCCUCGGUCCACGCACUCGGCGCCGGUCACGCCGUCGGCCGGUGGCUGGGGAUUCUGGUCGCCGAGCAGUCAACAGGUUCAGAACCCACUCUCCAAGUCAAAUUCCUCAGGGCCGGUGCAGCAGGUGCCCCCGCCGGAGGCAGCGGCGCCCGGUGCUCGGCAGGAGGAGAGCCCCCAGCGCUCCACAGCCUCAGAUAAAGGGCAGGGCAACAAGACGGACAAGAACCUGCGGUUCCUGCUGCAGAAGGUGCUGAAGCAGAGCGACGUCGGGAGCCUCGGCCGCAUCGUUCUCCCCAAAAAGGAAGCGGAGACACACCUGCCGGAGCUGAAGACGAGGGAUGGCAUCUCCAUCCCCAUGGAGGACAUCGGAACAUCGCGGGUGUGGACCAUGCGGUACAGGUUUUGGCCCAAUAACAAGAGCAGAAUGUAUCUUUUAGAGAACACCGGGGAUUUUGUUCGCUCCAAUGAGCUUCAGGAGGGCGAUUUCAUAGUCAUCUACUCUGAUGUCAAGUCGCGCAAAUAUCUGAUACGGGGCGUGAAGGUAAGGCCGACGCAGGAGCAAGGCAACGGUUCCGGCGCGGUAGGCAAGCACAAGCACGGAUGCCCAGAGAAAGCUGGUGCUUCAGGUGUGGCGGAAGACGGCGGCGUCGAUACCGCCGGCAAGCCUGACAGCGGCCCCUGCAAGGGGAGGUCACCGCACGGCGUGCGGCGGGCUCGCCAGGGUACCGCCUCCACGAGCCAGAUGGCCGUGAGCAUCUGA